AUGGCCGGGCAAAUAGAAGAGUACCUGUUUAACAAACUGGAAUUAGCAAUCGAAGAAACAAAGUCCACAGAGCAUUGCCAGAGUAUAUACAGUCCCGAGGCACUAGCUUUCGCUUAUAAACUUGACAAGAGACUCAAGGAGAUUAGUAAGAAAUUAGAAGGUGGGGAAGGCAGUGGAAAAGGAGAAGGGUCUAGUACUACUGCUGCUGCUGCUACUACACAGGAUGCUGCAGACGUGAGCUUAACUGGGAAUUUGGAUACUUAUCGGUGGAGCUCGCGAACGGUGGAUCCAAGCAAAGUCCAUGGAUUCGAGGACAAAGAGAGAUUCUUGGAGAGGCUGCUUCUCAGGAAAGAGAGCAAAAAUGGGUUCAAGGCAUUUGCAAUAGUUGGAAUGACCGGGGUCGGGAAAACGACCCUGUGUCAGCUAAUCUUCAACAAUAAGAAGGUGAAGGAUCAUUUCCUCCCCAGGAUUUGGGUGUGUCUGUCAAAGCAGCCUGAGGAUGACGAGGACAACAGCAAGGAGACUGUUAAGAGGAUGCUGAUGUGCUUGGGAGUGGAUGAUGAGAUCAUCCAAGAAGCCGGUAAAGAUCAAAAUCUUGGUCUUCAGAAACUGAUGUUUGCUCUUCGCUUACAAUUGAUGGGGAAGAAGUACCUAAUUGUGCUGGAUGAUGUUAGGAAGCCGGACGAUGUUAGGAACUGGGACGAGUGCUUUGGGGACUUGGCUUCUGAGUCAACAGAGGAUGAUAAAUGCUAUGGACAACUUGCAUAUGGGCUCCCAAAAAGGCAUGGUGGGACAGUCAUUAUCACAACCAGGUCCGAAGAAAUUGCCAAGAAGAUGGUUGGUGAAGAGAACUUGCAUCGGCUUCCAAUCCUCAAGGACGACGAAAUCUGCUGGAAAAUAUUCAAAGACUCAGUUGAGAAAGAUGGGAAAAAGUUCCCAGAAAAUCUUAUGCCCCUAAAAGACAUGAUUGUUGACAAAUGUGCUGGUCUGCCACUGGCUGCUAAAAUGAUGGGGGAAAUUCUGCAUCAGAAACUUCCCAAACGACCCAACACACAAACUAAUCCAGCAGAGAGCCAAAACCAGCAGCAAUCACAACAACAGUCUACAGUCUAA